AUGAGCACAGAGGAUGCUGGCAACAGGAUCUCUCCCACCCCAGCUGUCCUUGGCCUUCUGGUUUCAACCACCGAGCUGGUCCCACCCAUUACCACAUCCCCCGAGAAGGCAGACCCGUUGCCCAUCAUCAUCGCACUCGUCUGCAUCUUCCUCCUCGUGGCGAGCUUCCUCGUCUUUGUCACCCUCUGCAAGCCGGCGGCGCUGGACCCGUCCCGCUCCGGGCCCCAUGAGUGCAUGCCCCAUCACCCAGCGGAUGCCAGUGAGCCCCAGCUGAGGCUCUGGAAGCGGCUGGGCUCCCUGCGAUGCUCCAUCAGCACCUUCAGGAGGAGUCGGCCGGUGUCCCAGAGCCAGCUUGCCUGCCCCAGGAGCUCCCCUGCCAGCCAGGACUGGGAUGUCAUGGAGUCCACCAAAAUGUGA